GGGCUGGUGGCGCCGACCCAUUUCUCUGGCUGCUCUUCUUCUUUCUGAGCCACUCCUACCUGAAUUUCUGCGCUGAGCUGCUGUGCUUCGGUGAUCGACACUUUUACGGAGACUGGUGGAACGCUACGACUUUGGCCGCAUUCUGGAAGAACUGGAGCAUUCCCUUUCAGAAAUGGUCUCAUAGGCAUGUUUACAGUCAGCUGGUGGAGAGGAGAGUUUCUUCAUCACAAGCUGAGCUGCUGGUCUUCCUGAUGUCUGCUGCUCUUUGUGAGUAUCUGGUCGCUCUGCCUCUGCACAGCUGUCGACUGUGGAUCUUCCUCAUGAUGGUGUUUGAGCUCCUGGUUGCAGUUUUCCUUGGAAACUAUUUCCAGGGAAACUAUGGCAACGGUUUGGUGUGGCUGUGCCUGCUGCUGGGGCCUCCGCUGGCCGCCACCUCCUACUUUCACGACCACUACAUCGGCCUCCAUCUGCAUCACUCGGCCUCGCCGCUGAAACCAGACCACAGAGUUUUCCUGCAGCUCCGCUAGUCGUGGGAAAAAAUUCCUGCAGCGCUGUGUUUAAAACAGGGAAAUGUUCACCGAGGAUGCAUUUUGAUGUCAAGAUAAGAGUUAUAUCCAACAGCAAUACAUGCACUGUAAAUCUAUAUACCUCUGUAGACUCAAUCAACGAUGCUACCACACCACACUUCCACAUCUGGUGAAUGUUUAUGGCAAUAACCGAGUGAUUUAUUGUUUUUUUUGUUUGUUUUUUCUGAGUGUGACCGACAGAUGAACUGCAGCUGCCUCACAGGGCUGAAUUUCAUCUGGUUAGUCAGUAAAGGCUCUGGUUGCUGUGAUCAAUCUGGUUUUAAUGACAUGAUUCAGCUGCUCAGAAGAUAAGGUUUCCUCCUGGACUCCCACUCAACAUGCGGUUAAGAGGCCCUCAUUUAGAUAAGUUUACCGUAAGCUCCGUGGACACGCUCCAAUCAGGAAAUACAGGGAAUGAUUGUGUGGAAUGAUUUAAAGCAGCGGUUCAAGUGAUGUAACCUCACAGGCCCGUUCAAAAACCACUUUAACAGCACCUCCUCUCAGUUUGAACUGGAUCUACUUUCAUUCAGUAACACUUUCAAGGCUUAGAUCUCUUUGGCUGGAGUUCUUGAUUUAUUUGUUUAAGCUUAGUUUAAUCUAGUUAGCAUCUAUCCAUUACUUUCAAUUUUCAGCUGUUUCAACUGAUUAUCCACACUGUAAAAGAUAAACUUUAUUGAUCCCACAGUGGGAAAAGUUCACCGUUACAGCUGCUCCAAAACAAAACAAAAAGUAUAAAGGCAGUACAAGAAUAGAUAAACACGGUUCAAAAACUGGAGAGAACAUUAUAUACAGAUGAUUUUUUAAAAUACAAUCUCUCUCUCUCUCUCUCUCUCUCUCUCUCUCUCUCUCUCCAUAUAUAUAUAUAUAUAUAUAUAUAUAUAUAUAUAUAUAUAUAUAUAUAUGUAUAUAUAAACUAACAAUUUCAAAUAUGUAUUCAUUCUGUUAACUCAAAAUUUCAGCUGUUAGCCAUACUGGUAGCUAACUGUUUUAGUUGUUUAUCCAUACCGUCAGCUAACAAUCUGAAAUGCAAGCCAUAUAGUUAUCUAACAAUUUCAACUGUUAGUCAUGCCAUUGGCUAACGAUUUCAGCUGUUUAUCCAUACUGUUAGUGAGCAAAUUCAAAUGCUAAUCAUAUGGUUAGCUAAUAAUUUCAACUGUUACCUUUACUGUUAGAUAAUAAUUUCGGCUGUUUAUCCAUUGUAUUAGCUAAGAAUUUCACCUGUCAGCCCUGCUGUUAGCUAAUAACUUCAACUGUCAGCCCUGCUGUUAGCUAAUAAUUUCAACUGUUCACCAUGCAGUUGGCUAAUAAUUUCAGCUGUUUAUCCAUACUGUUAACAAUUUUAACUGUUAGCCAUACUGUAAGCUAACAACUUUAACUGUUAGCUAUACUGUAAGCUAACAAUUUUAACUGUUGGCCACACUGUAAGCUAACAGUUUCAACUGUUACCCAUACUUUCAGCUAACCACAUCAAUUACCAGCCAUAAUAUUAGCUACCAAUUUCAACUAUCCAUACUCCUAGCUUAGCAAUAUUGUUAACCUAACAAUUUCAACUGUUAGCCAUACUGCUAGCAAACAACUUCAACUGCCUCUGACAAAGCUGCAAUCUCAAAUGAAUUUGAUCAAUGCUUUAAUCCGUUAUGGCCAAAAUGUGUUGUAUUCUUUAUUAAUCAAUCAAGCUUCCACAACUGAGAUGCUCAUGGCUGCUAGUUCAUGGUAUGUUGUGAAUGUGCAGAGUUUUGAUCCUAAGCAGAAAAAAAAACUUGCUGAAACACGUCUGAGCUCCCGAUAAUUUAAUUUAAUUGACAGGACCAGGAGCCACAUGUAUUUUAAAGAGGACAGAAGGAGAGACGAUGCCUCUGUUGACUCAGCAGAGAUAUUAAAAUGUUAAAAAGCUGACGGAUUGGAGAAUAAAUGUUUGAAAGUGAUACAGAAUGCCUGAGAGCCUUAGUGCAUUAUACUCUAUUAUAUUUUAACUUGCCACCUGGCGUCUGAAUUUUGUGAUUUCUUUUACAUACAUAAAGACAUUUCCACCCCAAAUUGAUUCAGAAAAGAUGCAAAUUGCUGCAUAAAGAUUCUCCAGAAUGCAGGACUUCUGCACUUCGGCCCCAUUUCUUUAAAAAUUUAGGAAAAACAACAAUAAUCUGAAAUGAAACAGAAGUUGAACACAUUUAAUGUCAGCUGCUUUGGAAAAAUGCCAAAUAAAUGUAACGUAUUGUCGAGCAGCAGUUCCUCUCAGCUGUAGAUGAACUUCCUCCUCUGUUUGAAGAAGACAAAGGUGUGAGUGUUGGCUGCUCACCUGAACAGACGUGUGUCAUGUGUGCUCAAAAGUUAUAUGUGACGUUUGAACACGCAUCAAAGAGCAUCAGAGAGUCCGUCUGGACGUUGCUCGGCUGGAGGUUUCUCUCACAGCUCACAUCAAACAACCCAGCUGUGGAAAUAGUUCAGCUAAUUUGUGGGGUGGGUGAAUGGGAUUUGAAUAUUUGUCUCUGGAUUAGAGUGGAGUGGAGAAAAAAGUAACAGAAAAUGGAAAAAACACUCAGUAAAGUACAAGUAAAUCAAAACUGUGCUUGAAUACAGUAUAUAACUAAAUGUUCUUUCCACCACUGAAGACAAAGACUGAAUAUGUGUCCAGUUUGCAAGUUUUUCAUGUAAUUAUGACAAAAUAAACACAAAAAUUAUCAUCAUCAUCAAAAUAUCAAGAUAUAAUCAAGACAAGCGCUGUUGAGAAUUACUUUUCUUUUUUUUCAAAACCUUUAUUGUUUAAUUUGUAUUUUAUUUCAGUUUUUAAUAUUAAAGCACUUUGAGUUGCCUGUGUUUGGACAGUGCUGUACAAAACGUUUUAUUAUUGUUAUUGUUAUUAUUAUGAUUAUUAUUAUUAAUAGUAAUGAUGAUAACAAAUGCUAAUCUAUUUAUUAUUACCAUAUAUGUAUUUAUUUUAACACCAGAAUUAACAGUAAUAAUAUAUUUAUGCUAGGUCUUAUGUUUACUUUUAUGUUUAUUUAUUCUUCUUAAUAAUGAUAAUAUAGCUAUUAUAUGUUGUUCAUUAUUUUUACGUGUUUGUUUAAUGAAAGCAAUAGAUUAUUUACUGUAAGCUAUGUUGAUUGUGUUUGUAAUAAAAUAAAUACAUGACUAAUUAUUAAAUGUUAAAUAUUCUUAAAUGUUUGAAUUAUUUUAUAAAUUAUUAAUAAUAAACUUUAUAAUUACUGUUAGUAUUCAUCCUGAUUAUUAACAGUAGUAAUCAUAUGAUAUUAACAACAAAAUAGUGUUUAUAAUUUUACUAUUAAAUAGUUAGUGUAAGUUAUUUAUAUAUCUUUUUCUUUUUUUUUAGUUUAUCCAGACAUUUUUGCUAACAAAGGGUAAAGAUUGUAAAAGCUUUCUGUGUUUUUUUUUGAUAAUUUGCAGAAUUAAAUGUGAUUUUCAUAAUGUGAUUUCUGCUUUAUUCUGUUUUAUUCUCUGCUUUGAUAACUAUACAGUACUGUGGAUAUGAUUGCUUCUGAAACAAUAAUAAAUACAUUGUAUGUUGAUUAUUAUAUUUAUGCAUUUAUUUAAUGACAGAAAUAAAUUAUUCAUUGUAAAUAUUUAUUAUUUUUGUUUGUAAUAAAAACAAUAAAAUAUUAUUCAGUGUUUGACUUAUAUUAUAGAAUUCUUAUUAAUAAAAAUAUUAUUACAAUGGAUAAUUAUUACUAUUAACAUCGGCAAUUAUGUGAUAAGAACAGCAAUAGUAAUAUUUAUCAUGUUUACUAUUUAUUUUGCCAUAUUUUGCUAAAAAAAGGGUAAAGAUUGUAGUGAUUUUUUUGGAGAAUUUGCGCGAUAAAACGUAAUUUCUGAUCA